AUGGGUAACCAUGUAGAUGGUCUCAAGUUUGCAGGAGGUUCCUUUUCUCUUUUUGAGGAAAAGCCCUUGCGCGAACUGAUUGACCUGGCCCACGAACACGGUGUAUAUGUCUCGACGGGUGGAUGGGCUGAGCAUCUCCUUACGCAUCCCGACCCGAACGCCGUAUUCAACCGUUACCUGACAAAGUGUAAAGAUCUCGGCUUGGAUGUAAUUGAAAUAUCCUCCGGUUUUCUCUCAAUCCCAGAAGACGACUGGCUUCGUCUGGUCGACAAAGUCCACGCCUACAAGCUGGAAGCAAAGCCCGAGCUGGGAAUUCAAUUCGGUGCUGGCGGGGACACACCUGCUUCUGGACUUGAAGCCAUAGGUACUUCUGAUCCCGGUAAAUUGGUUAAUCUUGGUCAUAGAUUCCUUGAUGCUGGCGUGAAGCGGUUGAUGAUUGAAUCGGAGGGAAUCACUGAGAAUGUUCCCUCCUGGAGGACUGAUGUGGUAUCCCAGAUUAUGAAACAGCUUCCUUCUGAGCGGGUCAUGUUUGAAGCUGCUGAUCCCAAGGUGUUUAACUGGUAUAUCCGGGAGUUUGGCAUUGAUGUCAAUCUAUUUGUGGAUCACAGUCAGAUAGUGCAGUUGGAGUGUUUACGCUCUGGAAUUUGGGGGACUGCAGAUACCUGGGGGAAGAUUGUUUCAUUCCGCAACUAA